CCCGCACCCGCUAACACACCGCGGCUGCUGCAGUCUCCGGAAUAGGGCGAGAGCAUCCCAAGAUGUGCCGCGGGGCGCUCUGGGUGGCCCUGCCUGUGCUCUCCCUGCUGGUCUGCUCCGCGCUGGGGAAGCCACUGGAGAGCCGGGGGCGGGUGUUGGCUGGGGGAGAUACUCACCGCCUCCUAGGGGGGCCCGGAGGCGAGCGGGACGGGGACACCUUCGACCUGAAGAUGUUCCUGGAGAACAUGAAGGUGGAUUUCCUGCGCAGCCUCAACCUGAGCGGGGUCCCUUCUCAGGACAAAACUCGAGUGGAGCCGCCGCAGUACAUGAUCGACCUGUACAACAGAUACACCAAUGACAAGACCUCCACCCCAGCAUCCAACAUCGUGCGCAGCUUCAGCGUGGAAGAUGCCGUCUCUAUAGCCACCACAGAAGACUUCCCUUUCCAGAAACACAUCUUGCUCUUCAACAUCUCCAUUCCCAGGCAUGAGCAGAUCACGAGGGCCGAGCUCCGACUCUACCUCUCCUGUCAAAGUCACGUGGACUCCUCUCAUGAGCUGAAAGGAAACAUGAUCAUUUAUGAUGUUCUGGAUGGAGCCGAUGCCUGGGAUGCUUCUGGGGGUACCAAGACCUUCCUGGUGUCCAAGGACAUCCGGGAAGAGGGCUGGGAGACCUUUGAGGUGUCCAGUGCCGUGAAGCGGUGGAUCCGGGCAGACUCCAACAAAAGCAAAAAUAAAUUGGAAGUGACAGUAGAGAGUCACAGGAAGGGCUGUGACAAGCUGGAUAUCAGUGUCCCUCCAGGCUCCAAAAAUCUGCCCUUUUUUGUCGUCUUCUCCAACGACCGCAGCAAUGGGACCAAGGAGACCAGGCUGGAGCUGAGGGAGAUGAUCGGCCAUGAGCAGGAGAGUGUGCUCAAGAAGUUGUCCAAGAAUGGCCUGGUGGAGGCAGGGGAGAACAAGGACGAGGAGAAGGAGGAUGUGCAAAGCCACACAGCCGUGAGCUCGUCUUUGGCUAGACGGAAGAGAAGUGCUGGGGCCAACAACCACUGUCAGAAGACCUCCCUGCGGGUGAACUUCGAGGACAUCGGCUGGGACAGCUGGAUCAUUGCGCCCAAGGAGUACGAUGCCUUUGAAUGUAAAGGUGGCUGCUUCUUCCCCCUGGCUGAUGACGUGACCCCGACGAAACACGCCAUAGUGCAGACCCUGGUGCAUCUCAAGUUCCCCAUGAAGGUGGGCAAGGCCUGCUGCGUGCCCACCAAACUGAGCCCCAUCUCCAUCCUCUACAAGGAUGACAUGGGGGUCCCCACCCUCAAGUACCACUAUGAAGGCAUGAGCGUGGCAGAAUGUGGAUGCAGGUAGUGUCGGCCCAUGGGUGGGGGAGGCAGGAUGAAGGGGGCUCCUACUGAGGUCCUGUGUCCCCAUGGGCAUGACAGGGACUAAGUCCACCCACGUGCCAGCCUGAAGAAGGAAGGGGAUCCGCCAGGUCCUCAAGGUAAAGACCUGCUCUCUCUCUCUCUCAUGGCCCAUCCCAAGCACACACCACUGGGUUGAACUGCAAGGGAGGGGAUGCCAAUGGGAAGUGGGGGUUUGGGGAGAAGAGGAACUCCUGAGGUAGAAGGGGAGAUGAAGAAAAGGGGACAAGAGAAAAAGUAAUCCAGAGUCCGCAGAACACUGAAGAAAAAUGAGUAUAGAUGGGAGAUGCGCAGAGAUUAACGGAAAUUAAAGGAGGCGAGAGGGAUGGGGUUUAUUCCAGUAACCUCAGGGAGUAAAGGGGCAAAGAACAGGCUGUGUGCGCCACACCCACUCCUUGUCAUCCCCACAGCCCGUGAGAUGGGCGUCGUGACUCCCGAGUCACACGUGCAGAAGCCGAAACUCUGGCAGUUCAAGUAGCAACCGUCAAUGGCGUGAUUCCAACCCAGGGGUUUCCAUAGGUCUGUCGAUUACCAAAGCCCAGGACCUCCCCACGUACCCACCCCUGCUGUGGUUUAGCAGGUCACCUGGUAGCUGAAGACAAUUAGACUUUGGGAGGUGGGGAGUGUGGGGCAAACUGGACUGAGCCCGGCCAGGACCCAGCAAGAUGACUGGGCUGCUCGUCACAUCCAGGGCAUGUUCGGACUGCUCCACGCCUGUGCUGAUCAGUGUCCAAGUGCUUUUUAAGAUGACCCCUGAGUCACUGAAAGCUGUCCUCUAAACCAACUGCAGCAUGGAGAGAGUGGAGGACGGAAGCCCUCAGGCUGCAGUAUGCACUGUGGCCGGAGGUACUUUGACCCACUGGCAUAAGAGUUUAUGUGACCAGCAGUUCAUACAGCGUCACCCGCUGCCAUGGAUUCAAACUGCAAGAUGGUUUGGGACUGGGGACACAGUUUACCCUGAGGGAUGGGGCGGCCCAUGGCCUGUGUCUCUGCAGUUACUUGGCAUAACUAGCUCACCAGCAUCACACACCUGUGCGCUCCCCUCCCUCAAGGACUCCAUGGACGACAAGACCUGGAUUUGAAUUUGUUGGAGUCAGUGCACUCUUGCUUUGGUAUUUGCAAUGUCCAGUCUUCCUGUGUGAGGGCUCCCGGCCACUGCCGAACUCAGGUCCUUAUUGGCCACAUUUGGCUCUGGCUGCACUUGCCGGCUUUUUGAGGUUCACGUGCGUCCAGCCUCAGUCCUGGGCUUGGGCCUUGGUACCAGACCCCGACCCCACUGACCCCAAGAGAGGACCUCUGACUCUCAAGGUCACACAUGGAAUGGGGUGGAGUAGGAAGAGUCUGGAAGUGGUGAAGAUUCCACUCCAUGGCCCUUCUGACCGCUGGCCAGAGCAGAGCCUAUGAGGCCUGGAGAGACCUGGGCCACGCCCUCUGGUUGAAGUUCCCAGAAUAUUUUUUUAAAUGGUUUGUGUUAAAUGUUUACAUGGAACCAAUGAACAGUUUUAACACAAACAUACAAUAAAACAUUGUUGUUUAAUUACUGGAGUUACAGAAAACACUAAUUCCCGGUACGACAAUGUUGCUUAAUAGUAAGGAUGGAUA